CCUGGGCUCCCCAGCACCCCCCAGCCCUCCAACUGCAGCAGAGUGAAUGUGACAGCCUGUGCCCACUGCCCCCCAGGGACAGUCCCCACCCAAGGCACCAUGAGCUGCUCGUGCUGUGCAGGGGGCUCGUGCAGUGACCCCAGUGCCUGCAGCCCCUGCCCACCUGGCCACUACCAGCCCCAAAGUGGGCAACCAUCCUGCCUGCCCUGCCCACAGGGCUAUUACACCAGCUUCCCAAGGAGCACCGUGUGUCUUCCCUGCCCGCCAGGACAUUUUGCUAAUGAGUCUGGGGCUGCAGUCUGCAGAGCCUGUGAGCGAGGCUAUUUUAGCUCCAAGCAAAAUGCAGUUUUUUGUCUGCCUUGCAGGCCAGGAUCAUUUUGCAACACCAGCAGCUGCUCAGCCUGUGUGUCCUGUCCCGGGGGGCAGGAGGCUCCUGGGGAGGCGUCCGAGGGAUGCGAGUCCUGCCCGCCAGGUACAUUCAAAGGUCCCAGUGACAACAGAUGCAAGGCCUGCAGGACAGGAGAGUACCAAUUACAGCGGGGCAAGGAGAGCUGUGACCUGUGCCCAGAGAGCCACUACUGCCCUAGCCCAGAUGUGAGCCCAGUGAAGUGCCCUCCUGAUGCCUUCUGCCCCAGGGGCAGCGUGGAGCCCAGCUACUGCAUGGAGCUGUUCCUGUACAAGGCAGGGGACUCCUGCCAGCUGACCCCUGCCACCAUCAUUGUCCUGGCCACCUUCUCAGCAGGUGGAAUCCUUGUUGUCUUUCUAGUGAUUCUGAGAAGGUGGCAAGAGCGUGGCAAGAAAUCCCUGCAGUCGCUGUUGCUGCCCCGGGGCUCGGCAGGACACAGCACGUACGGGGGCACGGAGCACACAGAGCCAGUCUAUGCUGGCUGGUAGCACGGCCAUCAGCAGCAGCCACCUGCCUCUCUUUGCCCUGUGGGCCAGCACAGAUGUGGUUCUGGGCAAGGUGUUUAACCAUGAACAACCUAUUUCUGUAUAGCUAAAAUCAGUGCUGGGAAAUAAAAGUCGGUUUUGGAAUUGUGGCUGCUUGUGCAAACCAACCCAGCUCCCUGUUCUGCUGCACUGGGCUGAUGGGAAAAGUCUUCCCCUUCCACUUCCUGGCUUCAUUCACAAGUAAAUACCUUUCUCCUUUCUUCAGGGGGAAAAACCCCCAAACAACAAUCAUAUCUGUUUCUCCAUUUUAAUAGUCAGCUCAACAGAGUGAGGACUGACUGCUCCAGCUAUUGAGGUCCCUUUGAUACACCACUCACGUCCACCCAAGCACAGACUAACAUGAAUAUGGCUCCUUUUAGUAAUAUGCAAUUUUUAAUUUCGUUCCCCAUUCUCAAGUUUUAGCAUAAGCACAAGUCAAGGGAAGGGAUCCUAAAGCUGUCCCCUUCUUUUCAGCUGUGGGCAAACAUGUACAACUCAUGUAAUUGUUGAUUCCUGGACAAGUAUGUCCC